UCCUACGGUAAGCAAGUGUUUACGAAUGAUAUUCGUAAAAGUAUAUAAGUGAAAGUAAGGACCGCUGUUGGCAACUCAAGAGAUCUAACUUUGAUUGAUUUCUCAGUGAAUAUCGUAAAAGUUCGCAGUAAAUUACUACAACCAAGCGAGUGAUGGAAAGUAGAAAGGAUUCAGUAAGUGUUAAAGAGGAGCCGUUUGAUAAUUGGACAGAUGUAGGCAACGAUUAUGCUGAUCCAAUGGACUCGUGCAAAGCCGAAAACUUUAAAGAAUCAUCGUUCGAUGAAUUAUCGGCAAAUCACACGUAUAAACCAGUGGCGUUGCAGGAAAGGUCAGAUAAAAAAAUACUUGUAGAUUUCGUGAGCGAUGAUGUAAAACCUGAACUCAAGUCUUCAUCUGCAUCCAUCUGCCAAACUGAAUAUCAAAGUUUUCAACCUAUUGUGAAAUUCGAAAACGAGAUUCAGACCUAUGACAUCAAUGACGAUAUAUACAGCGAUUUUGAGUGCAGGGAUGUUAAACCUGAACUAAAGUCAUCAUCUAAAUUGAUCUGCAAAACUGAGUAUCAAAUUUGUCAACCUAUUGUGAAAUUAGAAAACGAAACUCAGACCCAUAACAACAAUGACGAUAUAUACAUCGAUUUUGAGUGCAGGGAUGUUAAAUCUGAACUAAAGCCCUCAUUGGCAACCACCUGUCAACCCACUGUAAAGAUAGAAAAUCAAAAUCGGGCAAAUAAUUUGAAGAGAAAAAGACUGAUAGUUUUGAUAAACAAAGAAUACGAUUACGAUAAUAACUGUCGAUUCCAAAAAAAAUUUCGAUUGAAGAAGCAUAAUGAAUCGAAAAUAAGAGAAUCGAGUCUAAAAACACACCUCAGCACGACACAAAAAAACAGUAGAUCAUAUGAAUGUGAACUCUGUCAUAAGUCACUUAGGUGCAAGCGUGCUCUAAAUAACCACAUAAAUGCCGUACAUAAUCGCAGCAAACCUUUCGAGUGUGAGAUUUGUCACAAAUUAUUUGGACAAAACGGCAACCUCAAAACUCACAUUAAUGCAGUGGUGCCGAGUGAGUACAAGAGAAAAAAAGUGACGAGUGACAGUGACAGGAGGAUACAGUGA